AUGACAAAUGGAAUAAAUCUUCCAGUUGCCACACUACCAUCAAAUCUCCGGCUAACCCCAGGAAUAAGACUCGGAGAAUACGUUUUGCACAAUCAGAAGUCAGUUUUGGAUUUUGAACGAGACUAUUUUUCCGCGAAUCUCUACCCAAAAAUCGAUUUUUCCUCCAGACGAUACCUGUCCUUUGUCAACUCAACCUACUCUUUCGGAAUCUCAUUCGCGUCGCUUGUUCGCCAGGAUUUCCUCGACAUUGUGUGAGCUAACAUGAGGAAUUAUCAGCGGGAAUAUUCACUACAGAUACAUCGAACCGGAACACUCGACGAAGCAGAUCAACCACCUUGAUUCGUUUUGUUUUAAGCCGCGCGAUGCUUGUAACGUUCGGACCUUUGGUGCGGCUGUCCUCCAGACGGCCUAUGUCCGUGAUUUUGGGAUUUUUUCGGUGUUCUUGUCAUUUUCUUCUUCUUCUUCCUAUGCCGUUGUACCGCUCGAGCGGCGUCGGCGCCCCAAGUCGAUUAGCCGAGGUCCUGAUACCAAUAAUAAUCAGUAGACUGGCUUUCUUAAACCCCUUGGUUGAGUCGAGGCGGGCAUCGAACUUGUGACCCUUUAGACCGUAGUCAGGAACACAACCUGUUGCGCUUCGGCGCGUCUCUUUUCUUGUCAUUUUAUGCUUUUAUAGUUAUAUUUUCCGACUAUUCUCUUUCCUCGAUUCAAUAGUAUAGUCCGUUUUUCGUGACUUGAAAAGCCUGGACUUCUCUGCGCCCUCCUCGUCUCUUGGUUUCUCUGACCUCGCCGGUUAGGGAACUUAGAGACGCAGACACCUGAAAACUGUCAGCACAGACUAUAUUUCAUCCGCAACGGCUUGAAACCGUCUAGCUCGUCUGCGCUCUCUUUUCCCUCGCCAAGAGGCUUAGAAUCGUGAGAGAAAGAGGGCCCAGAGAAGAGCGAUUUUCAAGCUGGCGGAUGAAAUGAAAAAUGAAAAAAUUUUUGAAGGAAGUGCAGGUUUAUGAAAGAAACCCGGUCCAAUUCUUUGAUUUCACCGAUUUGAAAAGUCGCGGUCGCAUGUGGAAUGGCUCAGUGCGUCGCGGUCGCCGUUUGCGUGCCGUUUUUCAAUUUUUAUGGAACCAAAGCGCAAGUCGUUUUUGGUCGGAUGCACCUUGACAAAGUCUCUUCCGCAACUUUGAGCCAUUCUUCAUGCGGCCAGCGACUUGUUUUUGAUGAUUUUUAUGCUAGCCUCAAGUCUUGCAGAAGCAAUCGAUAUUCAAACAGCCCGGCUAUUUCCGGAUCAGGGAGAACUUUUGGCACUCGGAAGCUUAUAAAGUGUAAGUUUCGGAUGAUUUUCUCCAAUUACGGGUUAUUUUUUCAUCUUAGAAACCACCGUCCUCUUAUCGCGAGGUUCAGAGCAAAACCAGAGGAUGACAGUAUGAUGGGAGUGGCGUAUUACGUUGGUGAGUUUGGGAUGUUGGAUGGAAAAUGCGCUCCAAGAAGAACUGAUUUUUUUGAAAAUGAAGAGAUCUCGGAGCUUGGAAACGCAAGCCGGACGCAUUCUAGGGAUCACUUAAGAGCACUGAUUCUACUAAAGUGAUCGCUAGAAAGGCCUCGAAACGUCCGGCUGGCUCGCAUUACCAAGAUCCGAGACUUGAAAAAAAAAAGAUUGACCUGAUAUCGAAAUAAUGCGUUGAAUUUCUGCUGCCAUUUUUUUUUUCUCAUUUUUCUGGCCUCUCUAAUGGUCGCAUACUCUUUUUCGUCUAGGAGCUUUAAGAAAAGCGAGAGAUCAUAGCGUCCUGAAGAGGCGUCAGAGAAAGAGAGUUUACUAAUUUAAAGUUCAUCCGAUUUAGUGGAGUUUUGAUUGAGCCUUUCUCCAGUUCAACCUAUAGAAUGAUAUUUCAUUUUUUGCCUAAAGGGGCGUGGCCUGUCUGGGCUCUCCACGAGCCAAGCUCUGUCUCGUGCAUGAUCGUAUCAGGACCUUUUUUCCGAUGGCUCAAGUCAGCCGUCAAUCAGCUUUACCACAACACUUGAAAAAUCAAAAAAACUAUCUUGGAUUGCUCAAAAAGUUGAAUUUUGGUACCUCCUAUGUAUGGCUGGGUGGCCUGGCGCAAGUGGUUUUCAGUCGGGGGAGCUAGAAAAUUAGGCGCUUUGCGACGGCGACGCUUUUAGCUAUUCCGUUCGGUCUCAAGAAAACGAAAAAUUGAGUGUAUUUCAUUCUGUUGAGGAGCCGUUCUGACAACGUUCGCGGCGUACUUCUUGCUUGAAGCCCUUGGCUACCAACUCUACAGAAGACGCGUCGUCGCCGCACAGCAACGUCGGAUGACCUUCUCCCGGACUACCCGUACUCAUACCAAACGAAAUUAA